CUCCGCUUCCCGGAUAGAACAACGGAGAUCGGGCAGCUGAUCAGCUCCUACCUGAUGAAGGAGAAGAACCUGGAGGACCACACUGUUCACCUGCUCUUCUCCGCUAACCGCUGGGAACACGUACCGUUGAUGAAAGAGAAACUACAUCAAGGGAUCACACUUGUGGUUGACAGAUAUGCCUUUUCUGGAGCGGCCUUCACAAGUGCCAAAGAGAACUUCCGCCUGGACUGGUGCAAACAGCCUGACGUUGGACUCCCAAAGCCAGAUCUGAUUCUGUUUCUCCAGUUAAGUCCGGAGGAAGCAGCAGAACGAGGGAACUUUGGAAAUGAACGUUAUGAGAACAGCUCCUUCCAAGAGAAAGUUCUGCAGUCCUUCUAUCAUCUGAUGAAGGACAAGACAUUAAACUGGAAGACAAUGGAUGCUUCAAAGAGCGUAGAAGACUUGCACAGAGAAAUCAAGUCCGUUGCAGAGGAAACCAUGCAGGAGGUUCAGAAUAAACCUUUGGGAGAACUCUGGAAAUAAAACUUUAUACAGGUUAUUCUUUUAGACCUAAGGGAAAACUCACCUUUUGGAUCUUCCUCGCUUGGAUAACUCCCCUACAUCACCCUCCAGUAACUACAGCUUAGAUCCCAUGUAUUCUUUUGGGUCCAGCAUGGUGCUGAUGUCCUUGUGAUUUUAUCUGCUCCUCCCCACCAUCCUGCAUAGUCCCAUCUGUAUUUUAUAAAUGAACAUGCAAUGAACAUGUAACAAAUUCCUUAUAAAAGCCUCCUUACCUCAAGUAGGAGCUCUUGUUCUAGCCCCAGUCCUGUAGUGCAGAUGUGGGUAUGGAGCCCAGGGCUGUCCCUGGACACGGACAGCAGCAACAGGCAGGCAACAGCCUUCCCAGUUUCGGGGAACUGCCAUGUUUCUGAUUCUUCUGCCUCUAGUAAAUGCAUCCCCUGUGCUGAAACUGGUUUGUAGAGGACUUUCUAAUAAAUUAUUCUUUUAAACA